AUGGCAGCCACCGAGCCCUCCCCACCCAACGAUCUUCACCUGCCGACAAUCCAGCCAACAAAAUUCAAGGACUGGGUCGUCGUCGUAACAGGCGCGGCAGCAGGCAUCGGGCGAGAAACAGCGCACCACUUCGCCGCCCAAGGCGCCCAGCUCAUCCUGCUAGACAUCAACGAGUCCGGCCUAAAGGAAACACAAUCCUUAAUCCAAGCGUCCGGCGGAAAGGCCGACACCCGAAAAUGCGACGUCAGCGAUGAACCCGACGUGAACGCUGCAAUCGCGUGGACAAUAUCAACCUACGCCAGAAUCGACGUCCUCGCCAAUCUCGCCGGGAUUUACGGCUUCCAGCCUCUAACCGAGUACUCAUCCGAGCUGUACCACCGACACAUCUCCGUCAAUGUCAACGGCAGCUUCUUCCUCACGCGCGCCGUCCUACCGCACAUGCAGAAAGCCGGGUUCGGGCGAAUCAUCCAUACUUCGUCCACCACAUACGCGGAUCCCAAGCCCGGAUUGUCCGCGUACGUUAUGUCCAAAGCAGCCGUCGUUGGCCUUGUGCGUUCCGCGGCCGUUGAGGCUGGUCCGGGUGUGACCGUUAACGCGGUGAUGCCUGGUCUGAUUGAUACGGAGGAGAUGAGGAGUAAAGACGGGUAUGAGGGCAUCCGGGAGAAGAUCCUUGAGAACCGGGCUGUGAAGCGCGAUGGGAAGCCUAUUGAUGUUGCGCGCACUAUUGCGUUUCUUGCGAGUCCUGAGGCGGGCUUUAUGACGGGGCAGGUGGUUAAUUGCAGUGGUGGGGAGACGUUUAGUUUCUGA